AUGGCUCAGGCUGUGUUUACACUUGAUAAAUUCGAAUGUGAAGGUGAAAUAGGGUCGGUUGCGGUUCGAUGGGAGCGAUGGAAACGCGGGUUGUACAUUUACUUAGAAGCAGCAGGAAUAGAUACAGAAGUAAAGAAAAGAGCAUGCUUACUUCAUUUCGGUGGGACUGAGUUACAAGAGGUAUUCUACAAUAUACCCGGAGCGAACGCAACGCCAGACGAUACAAACGACGGCAAAAUAUUCGAAAUUGCAAUAAACAAAUUAGACGAAUACUUUGCUCCCAAACAAAGUAAAGGCUUCGAGCGGCACCUGUUCCGUCUUCUUAAACAAGAACCACAAGAGAAAUUCGAAAAAUUCUUAGUAAGGUUAAGACAGCAAGCUUCAAAAUGUCAGUUCACAAAUAUAAAUGAACACAUUAUUGAGCAAAUAACAGAAAAAUGUUCGUCGGAUGAUUUGAGGAAAAAGAUAUUGAAAAAUGGUGACAAAAUGACCCUUGAUGACAUUAUUUCCGAGGCUAAUGCACUGGAGGUUGUAGACAGACAAUUAGGAAAUUUCGAAAGCAGGAACAUUGAAAAUCACGGAGUCAAGAAGAUAACUACAAAACCCGACAAGUACACAAGUAGACAAGACAGAGGCUGUAGCAGAUGUGGUAGUAAGAAUCAUUUCGCUCGAGAUCCAACAUGCCCCGCGAAGACUAGGAAAUGCAAUAAGUGUGGCAUUUUAGGCCAUUUUCAAAGACAAUGUCGAACAAAGGAAGGACAGAAAAGGAAAUUAGAACAAGAUGAAGAAGCACGGAAUAAUUAUUCAAAAAAAGUCAAAGGAACAAAUAAUGUAGAAGAAAUGGCUAAUGUAGCGAGUACGAGCAAGCAAAUGGAUUACAUUUUCAAUGUGAACACUGGCACUACAGUAUCAUGUACGAUUGGGGGAACGAAAGUAGAGAUGUUGAUAGACUCAGGCUGCAACCACAAUUUGAUCACGGACAAAACCUGGCUUUCUAUGAAACAAAGUAAUUCAAAGGUCACUAAUCAAAACAAAGACCCACAGAAGAAGUUUGUUGCUUAUGGUAGCGGGACUCCUUUGAAAUUACUGGGAUCUUUUGAAGCGAAAAUAGAACUAGGGAAGAAAUCAGAAAACGCGACUUUUUAUGUGAUCUCUGGUGGUACCCGCAAUCUGCUCGGGAAAAUAACAGCUACCUCCCUAGGAGUCCUACAAAUCAAUAUACCAACGGACGUUACUAACGUGGAGAUGACAGCCUUUCCCAAAUUUAAAGAUGUGCUUGUGGAAAUCCCGAUGGAUGAGUCAAUCAAGCCGGUCGCACAACCUUACCGUAGGAUACCCAUUCCUCUCGAAGCCAAAGUCGAGCAGAAGAUCAGAGAAUUAUUGGAGACUGAUAUAAUUGAAGAAGUAAAAGGUCCCUCUAGUUGGGUCUCGCCAAUUGUACCGGUGCUCAAGGAUAAUGGGGACGUCCGUUUAUGCGUAGACAUGCGGCGCGCGAAUAUGGCCAUCAAACGGGAAAACCAUCCACUUCCGACUAUGGACCAAUUGCUGCCUAAAAUGAGAGAAGCGAGGCUUUUCACAAAACUAGACAUUAAGGACGCCUUCCACCAUAUCGAGCUUCACCCUGACUCAAGACCGAUAACUACGUUUAUAACAAGUAGGGGACUGUUCCGUUAUAAAAGGAUGAUGUUUGGCAUCAACUGUGCGCCGGAAAUCUUUCAAAAGACUUUGGAGAGGAUACUUCUAGGCUGUGACGGAGUCAUCAACUUUAUAGAUGAUAUUCUGGUAUAUGGAAAAGAUCAGGCGGAACACGACGACAGAUUGGAAAAAGUUUUGAAUGUCUUAAAGGCUCAUAAUGUAGUUCUAAGAGAAGGAAAAUGCAUCUAUCGGGCUAAAGUCGUUCAGUUUUUAGGACACGAGCUUUCUGAAAAUGGGGUUAGACCGCUAGACAAAUAUUUGUCGGCAAUCAAGAACUUUAGAGCACUUGCGACCAUUGCAGAACUACAAAGCUUUCUGGGAUUAGUGAAUUUCGUCGGGAAAUGGAUCCCUCACUUAUCUACGACCACAGAGCCCUUAAAGGAGUUACUUCGACAGAAGGCGGGGAGAAACUCUGAUAUUACUGACUAUUGGAACGGAUCUCGGCAAGCAGCUUUUAAUAAAUUAAAAGCUUCACUUGCUGACAUACCACGUCUGGGCUAUUAUAGUCCCAAAGACAAGACUACAGUCAUUGCAGAUGCGAGUCCGGUGGGUUUGGGGGCAGUACUGGUCCAAACAAAUAAUGAAGGUUCCAGGAUCAUAGCCUAUGGGAACAAGACACUUACCGAUUGUGAGCGUCGGUACUGCCAGACGGAGAAGGAGGCCCUUGCAUUGGUCUGGGCCAUUGAACAUUUUAACAUGUUCCUAUAUGGCAAAGAAUUUGACUUGGUAACGGACCACAAACCUCUGGAGGCGAUAUUUGGCCCCAAAUCCAAGCCGUGUGCCCGCAUUGAGAGAUGGGUCUUGAGACUUCAGUCUUAUAAAUUUAACGUUAAAUAUAGUCCCGGCAAGAAUAAUAUAGCAGACCCGUUGUCGAGGCUCUGCAAGCUUUCUACAAACCCACCACCAGUUGGAAUAGAUUACGUACAAAACGUGAUAGAACAAAUAAGACCGACAGCUGUACCAUUGCAAGAUAUUUUGGCACAUUCUAAUCAAGAUGUGGAGAUACAAGCAGUAAAAAAUGGCCUUUACAAUAAUCAAUGGAAUGAUCUAACCAAGGGCUAUAAACUAUUCCAGGAUGAGUUGUGUUUUUAUGAAGACAUCCUACUAAGGGGAACUAAGAUCGUAAUCCCGCAAAAGCUUCGAAACCGGAUAUUACAUAUAGCACAUGAGGGCCAUCCAGGCAUAUCUGCAAUGAAAACCAGACUGAGGACUAAGGUCUGGUGGCCGAAAUGCGAUAGAGAUGCCGAGAACUUUUGCAAGGCAUGCAAAGGGUGUAUUUUGGUAUCCACUCCCAAUCCCCCUAACCCCUUAAAAAGAAGAGAACUACCUUCCGAACCAUGGGUGGAUACCGCGGUGGAUCUAAUGGGCCCAUUACCUAGUAAUGAUUACAUCCUCGUGAUUGUGGACUAUUACUCCCGAUACAAAGAAGUCAAAGUUUGUCGGACAAUAACGAGCUCAGAAAUUAUCAACCGACUCAAGGACAUUUUUAGUAGAUUGGGUAAUCCGGUGUCAAUCACGGCUGACAAUGGCCGUCAAUUCACCAGCGAGGAUUUCAAAGUAUUUUGUUCAGAAAGAAAUAUCAAGCUAUAUAAUACUAUACCCUAUUGGCCCCAACAGAACGGAGAAGUAGAGCGGCAAAAUAGGGACAUCUUAAAACGCCUAAAAAUCUCUCAGGCCGAGAAGAAAAAUUGGAAGGAAUCUCUGCGGGAGUAUAUGGUUAUGUACAACAGCACUCCCCAUUCGGUAACGGGUAAAACUCCUUCGGAGUUAUUCUUUAGACGACAGUUCAGAGAUAAGUUACCGAUGAUACAAGAUAUGACUUACAACGCAGAAGAUUUGGAAAUGAAAGAUAGAGACAAAGAAUUAAAAGAGAAAGGAAAGGAGUACGCAGAUAGGAAAAGACGAGCAGUGGAUAGUGAUUUGAACAUAGGGGAGAAGGUCUACCUAAAGAAUAUGCAUAAAACCAACAAAUUGACUCUCAAUUAUGAGCCAACAUCACAUACCGUCGAGUCUAAUAAAAAUGGGGAUGUAGAGGUGCGCAAUGAUAACACGGGUCAGGUGGUUAGACGAAACAUUCUGCACCUAAAACGAGUAGAAGGCCAAUGGAAAAUAGAUAACGGAACAGAAGAUAUAGACGGGGACAAUGCAAGUAGAAGUGGAACCGAAUCAGAUUAA